AUGUAUAAAAAACGUCGAGCUGAUAUUCGAGAAAAAUUAUCUAAUACCAACAAUAUUUCAUUAAGUGCCGAUAUUUGGCAAAGCAACGGUAAAUCUCAUUUCAUUGGUUUAACAGCCCAAUAUUACGAUGAUGACUAUCAGUACCAUACAAUGGUUAUUGCAUUUCGACGUUUUAUUGGGAAACACUCUGCUGAUCGAUUAGAACGUUUCAUUGCAAAAGAAAUAAAUAAACUUGGUAUUAAAUCAAAGGUGUGUGCAAUAACCACCGACAAUGGAGGUGAUAUACGGUGUGCAACACAAAGAUUAUCAAAAUUCGGAAUUAAAAUAUCUUGUAUUUUACAUAAUUUGAAUUUAAUUACUCAAAAUGGUCUAUGGCUAUUCGAAAUACCGAAAAAAAUUUCAACAUCAUUAAAAAUCAACAAUACGACAAAUGCAACCAAAAGUACAUCAGAUUUCGAUGAUUAUUCAAGUGAUGAUGAUCAUAGGUUAAUUAUGGAUGACAAUGAUAUAUUAGAUACAAUAUCUAAUUAUAGUGAUAGUAGUAAUUCUAGCAAAGGUGAAAAUUCUUCAAAAGAUUCAACAACAUCUUCAUCAUCAACUGACGAAUCAGA